AAAUGCAUACAUGAAAUCAACCACCCGUAUUAUAGACAUAAUAUUAUUCACAAUCAAGAGCUCAAUAAAAUAGCUCUCCCAUUGUAGGUUUGAAAGCACUGACAUAGGUUUAACUGUUUGAAAUGUCAGUUAUACAUCUAUUUUAAACUAAGACGCUAUUGACGGAAAGAGAAAGUAACAUAGUUUAACUAUGGAAAAUAACACGAAAGUGACAACAACUACCCUCCCGUCAGCUUGUUAUGAACGGUUUGUUUUACUGUAUAAAUACCCUACAUACAAUACUGUGUAAUGUGGCAAUUACAGGUCUCGAAUUUCAGAAGAAGCUGGUUUCCAAACCUUUGCAAUUCAUAAAGGCAACAACAUCAAAUCUCUCAACAAUCUCAAUUUAAGAGAAUUUGAAAAGAAAUAGAAUUCAUUAAAUAUAAAAUUAAUAAUUUGAUAAAUUGUAUUUAAGCAAUGGGUAAUUCAUAAGUGUAACAUCACGACUCUGCAGUGCCUUGUUUUCGGAAAGUUUUACCACAAAGACAAAUUACCCGACAAUGAAAACGUAGCCUCCCGAGCUCGAAGCACGACUGCUAGUUGUUAAAUACGACCGACCUAUACUAGAACGUGGAACACGCUCAUGUUGCGAUCCACGUGUUUCUUUAAAUUUAAUGUUUGGAAGUGUAAUUUGUAUAGUGUAUAAAAUAAUUAAACCUCUAGGAAUGUGCUUCUGAUUGAGUUUGUACUUUUUCUGUGACCUGCAGCUGACAGAGGCCAUACCGUCGAAACUGGUGCACACACCAGUUGUGCGUCGGUUUCACCAGGAGAAGAACUCAAGGGUGAAAGUGGUAUUUAAGCUUGAGGGUGAAAAGAAGGGCAUAUAGUAGUGUUUGUGAUCUGACGCUGACGAGAUGGAAAAAAAGUGUCUCGUUAUUCAUUUUGUUGCACUGAUUUUUGCUUCUGAAGCAUGGGCCCAGCAGUUCAACUCUUCUCCAAUCCACUCAUUGGCCAAACAGCAAGUUACUUCCUCCCAAGAUACCAGAACAGGUGAAAAUCAGAAACACUUCCGGUUUCUCACUGUGCGCAUAGAACAAAACCAAGAUACGACACCAGUUAGCUCUACUCAAACAUUUCAACAUAGCAGACAGAAUAAUGUAGUUGUUCAAGAAAGGUUCCAGCAGUCAAUGCAAUCAAAGACACAUGAAGGAACAAUCUCUCUUACUACUCCAAGAAACAUUGUGAACGUCCCAGUUCCUUCUACCGCUAGCCAUCAAAGUACUGCAGGACCACAUAGUGUGCAUCAAACCCAAAGCUUUCAGCAAGUAUCACCUCAGACACAGAUGUUCCAGCCAUCAAGACACACGCAACAAACUUUCCAAACUUCUUUCCCAGUAUCUCAUCAAGGUUUCCAACCUUCAACCUCCUUCCCUGUUCAACAGCAAAUACCGAUCCCUAUACAGAAAACUCAGAUUCCUACAGUUCAGGCACAACGGCAGCCUCUCUCUUCUGCACAUCAACAAACCAUUCAAACAACAAACCCAGGAACUGUCCAGAUUAAAUCAACCUCAGUGCAGCAGACUGUACAGCAGGCACACCAGUUUCAGAACACUGCACUCAAUGGCCAUAUUCAGCAGCAAACUGCACCACCACAUCAACAAAAGUUGACUGAAGGAACUACAAGAUCUCAAUCUAGUUCCUUACAAACAUUCCAAAGUCAACAGUUCUCCCCUCAGAAUGAGGAACUUCCUCAGGGGAAAAGUCUUAGAAAGACAACUUCCUCUCAUAUUCAGCAUUCUCAACAGGAAAGAGUUAAUGAAAUUAAAGCAUCUCAGUCACAACAGCAGCAAGGGCCUCAGAAGGAAAAUGUGCAGAAUGAACAGAGAGCAGAUGAAACUACUUUGAGUCCAGAGGAAGAACUGUUUCAGAAACAGGCAAAGAAUGCAAAAUAUUCCUUUGAUUCUGCAAUAAAUGAUAACAUCAUGGACAACACUCAAAUCCGUCAAGAAAAGCGUAAUGGACUCGAGUUAUCUGGUCUCUAUUCAUAUAGUGAUGGAUUCUACAAGCGUACAGUCCACUACAAAGCUGAUGAGCGUGGUUAUCGAGUAACAAAAGAAGAAAUUGAACCUAUUGGGAGUGGCCCACAAGUGAAUCUAGAUGGAGAUGCUGUAGUAAGCACAAAUAUUGGAGGUGUGAACAACAUGUAUUCCAUCACUGCAGCUGACAUUCAACAAUUAAGGGAACCUAAAGAAGAUACAGAGAUAUAACAACAUUUUUAAGAGAGUGACCUUCUUUCCUGCUAUAGGAUAGUCUGUUAAACUGAAAUGUACAUAGAAGUCAUACAUGUUAUCUGUAAAGUAUUCAUUAAAAUAACUUCUCCAUGUGUCUGAUAGUACAGACUUAUGUGGUCGAAAGUCAGAUAUCAUGUCAGCAUUACGAAAUGCUGUUAGUUCCAAAUAAAUAUUCAAACACAUUGAAUUUCACAUUUGUCUUCAGAAUUUUGUGGAAACAGUGGCUAAUAAAAAUUUCUAAAACAAAACAAAUACAAGAAGAAUUUUUAAACUAAACUAUUUGAACAAAGUAAGGCACUGUUUGGGACUUCUCAUUUUUGAAAGGACAGCAGCAUUAACAGUCUCUGUUCUAAAAAGGCCAUUAAAAUGAAAGACAGUCUGCUUCACUGAUUAAACAAGCAUUCAUAUUGUGUCUCAAGUAUGAUGUAGGUUUUCUUUCAACCUAAAGCAAUGGUUAUACAAAUGCUGCAGGAUAUACCAAAAUGUUUCUUGAUACAUGGCUGUUGUUCCAAGAAAAACAUACCUUAAUUUCUUUGGUUAGUUUAAGCAGAUACAUUGACCAGCAUUAAUCUGAUUGAUCAUUAUAGAUUCUAUAAUAGAAAGCUCAAGCUAUAAUUUUCAAACUAUAGUGAUUUAAUUGAUGCAUCAACGUUACCAUAAUACAUAAUUGCUAUUCUUGCUGUACAUAUAACACUUCCAAAUUGUUAAUGUUGUUGGAUGUGGUACAGUAAUUACUAGCAUUUAUACUGUAGUCUCUCUAGUACAAAACAUCAUUUUCAGGAAGACAUGAUUGCCAUUCAUUCUUAUUGUUUGUGGCUUUAUUUCUUUCUUUGUAAUUCACAAACAGCAAUAGCAUAAAGGGUUUAUUAAGAUGGCUGUCUUCUGGAUUGUUGCACUGUGUAGUCUGGCAGAAGUCCAUCUUCAUUCUUAGCAUCAUUGUGUUAAUACGAUUAGUGAAAUCUACCACAUGGAUUCCCUCACCAUGCCCAGCAAGUAAGAAACUAGGCAGACCAAAGAAAUAAUAACUGUGGUACUCUCAUUAUGCUCAGAUAAUAAUCUGGAAGUGUGUAUUUUACCACCAAGAAAAUCUCAUUCUGAUUUGAAAUUCUCACUGCAGUAUGUCCAGAGUAGAGUACCUACAGUUUGCUGUUUACCAUUUACUUUAGAAGGGUCUAGCAUUCUUUAUUCUCAUUAAGUUUUGUACUUGUAAGUAGUGAGAACUGAUGUGAUAAGCAGAAUACUCAUACUGAAUACAGCUAAAAGUAACAUUUAGCAUGGUAAAGAUGAAUCCUAACAGUAAACCACCACAUCCCCACUAAUGAAAUUAAGUAUAUUAGUUCAGAGUACUUAUACCAUAUAAAAAUUGAAGUAUGUUCAUCAUAAAAGUCACAGUUAUGAAUAAUCUUGUACUUUAAUUGUACUGUAAUUUCAUGUUGUGGUACUAAUGAAAUUGAUAUUCUUCACAAUAUGGGUUAGCCCUGUGAAUGAUCCACAGAAUGUAAUUAAAUUAUGAUUGAAAAACAACACGAUGUUAAAUAAAAUGUUCUUAAAGGAUG